AUGAAAUACUCUUGCGUUCUCCUGCUCCUGGCGACUAUCGGCUGCGUCCUGGUGGGCCAGACCAGUGCAGUGACUGCCACUUCCACAACUACCUCUGCCACAGCUACGACCGUAGCGGCCACGACUACCACGUCAGCAGCGGCCACGACUACCACGUCAGCAGCUGCCACGACAACCACAGCCGCCACCACCACCACAGCCGCCACCACCACAGCAGGGACGACCACAGCAGCCACAUCUGGCACCGCUACCACCACGAAGGCAGGAACUUCCAAGCCCAAGAAGACAAAGGUGCACCGCAAGCGGAAGGUCAAGCGCGGCAAGAAGAAGAUCACCCGCAAGCACAAGAAGGCAUCCAAGAGCAAGAGUGGAUAAAGGACAGCUGGAUA